GCCUUCCCUGGUGACGAGACAAAAUGAGAAGUCAAUAUCGACCGUGCGUCCUGUUGCUGGUACCGCUAACAGUGGUUCCAUUCCUGCUGUAUUACACAUCAGCGCGUCUCACUCUACGUGACAUGUUGUCCUGGAGAAAACUGGCCCGUAGAAAUGCUAGCAGUUUCAGCUCUCUCCUCGAGCUCGACGACGCAGACAGUGACUACAGUGAUGAAGGACUCGAGGGCAUUACCGGUACUGCAGACUCACCCAUGGAACAGCCUAAAGCUGGAAAAACAAGGCCAUUGCAGAAAUUUGGACCUUACGCGAAGUACAUACCGAAGGAAUCGGUUGCUCUGGAGAAGUUCCUGGCCGACCAGGCAGCUGUGCAGUCCAUACCGACGGAGGCACCUGGAUGGGUCUAUAACAAAACAGCUGCAGAUUUAUUUCGGAACAGGAUCGUAAGCGACAGUCGCUAUGUGAACGGGAACUUUCUGGUCACACAGGGAAAUGUUGUAAAGAAAGUUCUAAAGACCUACGGCAAGAAACCCAAGAUCGUCAAGGUGCCAUCAGACGUCUUAAGGGGAUUUCCUAAAGAGAGUCCGUUCAAGAACAAACGCUUCAAUACCUGCAGUGUAGUAGGGAACGGAGGGAUACUGACGGGAAGCGGCUGUGGAAAAGAGAUAGACGCCUCUGAGUUUGUGUUCAGGUUCAACAUGGCUCCGAUGUACGAGGAAUAUUUGGAGGACAUUGGACAGAAAACCAAUCUGAUCACCAUCAACCCCUCUAUGAUCCGAUACAGGUACAACUAUGGAGGAACAAGAAAGGUGACGGUAAAGACUAUAAACGUUAGAGCCUUGAUGUCUGACCUGUCAGUAUACGGAGACAGCUACCUCUGGAUCUGGGCCUUUGAAACUGCCACUAACGCUGAUCACGCCUUCAAAGCACAGCAGGCUCUGCAAGGAAACAGCGCCCGGAACCAAGUCAUCUUACCAUAUCCACGUGUAACAGGAUCGAUGAAAUCGUUUUGGAAAAAUAAUGGCAUCAGGGCGCAGAAGGCGUCGUCAGGACUGCUGUUUGUGGGUUUGGCCACACAAAUAUGCGAAGAGGUGCACCUGUACGGCUUCUGGCCCUUCCACUCCGACAGGAACAACAGACGUCUGACUGAGCAUUACUACGACAAUGCCUUCGCCACAAAAUUUCACAGAAUAUCGGAUGAGUUCAGGCAACUUCAGCAUCUCCACAACACCGGGGUUCUUCGUCUGACAACCCACGAAUGUCAAUGAGCGAACAAUGUUAUGCAAUAGAAGUAGAUAGAUGAAUUUUUUUCCUUCAAAAUACACGUACAAGCACACACUUCCUCGGGAUAAUACAUGACAGUCGCUUAUAUAAUUAGCUUUUUCAAUCUAAAGUACACUCUGAUAUAUUACGACUGUCUGUAUGUAUAGCUGCUAAUAUAAAUUGUUUGCAUUUUAUGGACUGGUUCAUUAAUUCGAAACCACUGGUCUCCCGCACGACGGGGGGACAUCAGUGGUCGCUGCACACGAUCGAGCGAUCAGCUAGACAAGUUCAAAAUCAGAACCGAACGCUUUAGAAAAAGUGCAUUGCCUUAUAUGACUAAGCUACUCAAUGAUACACUAUAAGUGCAAUACCAACCGUCUGUCUGUUGUAGUGAUGAUGAAAGUUGAUCGUUUGACAUUGUUUUGUACUGUCUAUAUAUGUAGAUUUUAAUGGUUCUGGUAAUCGUACGUUUUUUAAAUCAAAUUUAUAACAAUGCUUGUAAUUACCUAAUGUGCUAUUAUGGUGCAAUUAUGCAGCCUUUGUGAAGUACAGGCACAAUUCAGUCAACCUUGAUGGUUUGACUGCGAGGCCUUGUAUAUUUUAUGUAUAUUUUGUGAGUGAAUAAAAA